GGCAGAUCGGCCUCGACCCAGCCGUUCAGGCUCAGCAUCAGCCGGCAGGAGGCUCCAGCCGGUCUGACGGCCCUAAGGGUAACCCGAGCCGCGCUCGCCGUACGACGUGGGCGCUUCGUUGCAACGCCACCUCAAACGGCGAGGCACAGGAGCUUGGCUCGGGGGGCGCACCCUGACGCACCGAGAUGGAGCCCGCCAAGAUCAGCAUCGCCGCCCGGCUCCCGGAGCACCAGCCUUCGCUCCGUGGCACUAUCCUCGCGUGGCUGCCGGCGCCUGAGGCUGGCGCGGUAGCGCCGAGGCAGCCUGCGUUCUUGGUGCGGCUCGAGGGAGCCAGUGCGGUCGGCGGCUCCCCGCUGCAUGCCGUGCUGGGCGCCCCGCUGCCAGCCCAGGCAGGCCUCCCAAGGCAAGCGUCCGCCGCCGUGGCCCGCUGCCCGAGCGAGCUCGGCAACGGGACCGCCAAUGCGGACAGCCACUCGCCGUUCCGUGCGCCGGGCACGACGCCGCCAUCGCCGCGCUGGAAGAGCCUCGGCCCAGUCGGGGCUGUCUCGGAGCGGACCGUGGCGCCAAGGCUGGCCGCGCUGGCGCGCCCUGUGGCACAGCAAUGCUUCAGCGUUUGCCCCCUCAAGUCCCCCAGCCCCCUCGACAGCGACAUGACGACCGCGAUGGUCCGGCACAUCCCCGACACUGUCUCCCAGGACCGCUUCAUGGCGGAGGUGGACGAGGCGGGCUUCGAAGGCCUCUACGAUUUCCUCCAUGUGCGCACAGACUUGCGGAGCCGCCACACUGCUGGCCGCGGCGUGGCGUUCGUCAAUUUCUUGACGCCGCAGGUGGCCAGUGACUUCUACAAAGCUUUCCAAGGCCGCCGGCCGCUGGGCUGGCACGACCCCAGCAGCGCCAGCCUCGAGGUGCUCCCCGCGAAGAUCCAAGGCUUCGUGGCCAACGCCGUUCAGCACAUCCCCGAUGGGCUCUGCCGUGGCGGCCCCCGGAGGAACAGGCCCACCUUCCUGCCGAAGACGCGGGAGGCCCGCUUGCAGCUCAUGGCGCUCCAACGAGCAGCUGAAGGCGCUCCAGGGACAUCUCAAUUGGCAGGGGCGGCGGAGUGUGGCAGAGCAGACGCCGGGCAGGCUGGUGGAAGCCCAGCCGAGGGGCAGGUUCCAGCCAGAGGGUGCUCGCGCGCCAGCCGCGUACAGCGCCACAGGUACUUCACGGCCGCGGCAAAGCGCAGCAGCCACAGUUGAGCCCCUGAGUAGUUGGGCGUGUGUUGGCGAGGCGUGGCUCAUCGGAGGGGGAGGAGUGCAGGGUGGGUGGAAGCGUCGCGUGCGCAUGCGGGCAGUGACAGGAGUGAGAAACUCAGCAGGCAUGCGCCAGAAGCGCAUCGCAGCUCCGAUGCCGAGCGGCCCUGUCCUACGAAAGAGUCGGUUGAUAUUUCCUGCGUGUCCUGCGUACGUUUCGUAUGGAGGCUAAGGCUACCACGUGCUCCUCUUUCUCUUUUUCCCCCCUCCCCCUGGCGUGCUGGCGUCGUAGCUUGACUGCGCCGCCGCCGCAAUUCAUGCGCAGACGUGACUAGCGGACAAAGGGCGGCCCGCAGUGCGAGGCCACCCUCCCCGCUCCGGCACCCUUUGAAACUUUUCUUUCACAUUUUCUGUCACUGUGCUUCUGUACUUGGCACAUGUGGUCGGCACCUGAACGUGGCGUCACUUGAGUCGUGGGACCGAGUGGAUGGACCAGUGUUUUUUUUCUGCGAGCGUGGUAGCACCCUCUGUCAGUUACAUGUACGUAAGCGGCGCACUUGUUCUGCGAGCGUGUCAAUCACACGCGCAAAAGCAUGCACUAGAUACGGAUGCUCAGUUCUCUGCAACAGCUUUGUCUCCUCAUAUCGAGCCAGGGCCGACAGCGCUGCCAUAGUCUUAUGUCGCCCAGAGCAAGCAAGCAUUUGACAGUGCGCGAGAUUCUCGAAGUAUACUAAAAGUGUGGCAUCAAAGCAAAGUGG